GCGUCAUGUACAACACCACCAAAUCCAGAAUCACUAUCGGAACUACAAAACAAUAAUAAUGAAAAAUAUUCAAGUAGUGUAAGCAAAUAUCAAGAAAAUAUUGAGAGAGAAGACGGUGAGAACGGUAAUUGUGAGGCCGAAGAAAAUUUAGGAGAAAAGUGUAGUAGCGAUAAUGAAAGCAACUAUGAAGAAAGUGAAGAUGAUCUACCUGCUCUGAGCUUUAUACAAGCCAAAAUUGAAGAAUUGGCUAAGUGGAAAAAAGAUGUAUGGGCACGUUUACGUGAACAAUCCGAAAGUUCAUCUACUCCUGAGCUGAAAUCAGAGAAUGGAAUGUCUACUGGUAUCUCAGCGUAUGUGUUUAAUUUAAUGACUAAUUAUUGCGAAAUUUAG